CUGGUCUGAUGGAAUAGGGAGGGAGUCCAGCUAAGAGAGUCCAGAGGAAGAGUCAGAGAUAGAGAGCAAGGCUUCAUGACCCACCUCUCCCUGGAAGCCCUCCUUGACCAGCAUAGCCCACACUGGUCCCCAUGUCCUCUGAAUCCAACCUCCACUGUGUGUACUGCAGUUUUGCUUUUUUUUUUUUUUUCCCCGUAACUAGCAGCUUUAAUCCCUCCUCUCCUGCUUGUGUCUCAUCUCUAAAGGUGGGUGCUCCUAUCUUCCAGGUCAUUGUGAUGAGGGUUCCGGGGGCCUUGUGACACACCGCUGGCCGGCUCUGUUCCAGUGUGGGAGGUCAGGAGCAGCCAGUUCCUCCUGGGAAUGCAGCCCAUCUCCGAAAAGGAAGAUCACAUUCCUCUGCUGAUUAAGCAUCACUAGGGCUCCAAGUGAGUUCUGAUCAGAGGCUGUUUGGAAGACAGCAGAGGCCAUGACCACCCUCUCUCCUGAAAACAGCCUCUCUGCCAGACAGUCAGCCUCCUUCAUCCUGGGUCUGCACCCCUUUGUGAGGACUGAAGCCUGGAAGUUCCUCACGGGCUACUUCUCAUGGCAGAGUUCCCAGGAUGAGCGGCUCACGGUGGACAGCAUGAGGAGGAAGAACUACAAGGCCUUAUGCCAAAUGUAUGAGAAGAUUCAGCCCCUUCUGGAAAACCUGCACCGGAACUUCAUAGAGACUCGCAAUAACAUUGCACGUGACAUUCAGAAACUCUAUGACAAAGACCCCCUGGGCAACGUCCUCAUCGACAAGAAGAGGCUAGAGAAGAUCCUGCUCCUGAGUUACGUCUGCAACACGCAGGCAGAGUACCAGCAGGGUUUCCAUGAGAUGGUGAUGCUCUUCCAGCUGAUGGUGGAGCACGACCACGAAACCUUCUGGCUUUUCCAGUUCUUCCUGCAGAAAACGGAACACAGCUGUGUCAUCAACAUUGGCGUGAGCAAGAACCUAGACAUGCUCAACACCCUGAUCACCUUCCUGGACCCCAUGUUUGCUGAGCACCUAAAAGGGAAGGGUGCAGGAGCUGUUCAGUCCCUCUUCCCCUGGUUCUGCUUCUGCUUCCAGCGUGCCUUCAAGUCCUUCGAUGACGUCUGGAGGCUCUGGGAGGUUCUGCUGACGGGGAAGCCCUGCAGGAACUUCCAGGUGCUGGUGGCCUACAGCAUGCUACAGAUGGUGCGGGAGCAGGUGCUGCAGGAAAGCAUGGGCGGGGACGACAUCCUCCUGGCCUGCAACAAGCUCAUUGACCUUGAUGCUGAUGAGCUGAUCUCCGCUGCCUGCGUGGUUUAUGCUGAGCUCAUCCAGAAGGAUGUUCCUCAGACAUUAAAGGAUUUCUUCCUCUGAGGACACCAAAGCCCACAGUGGACCGAUGCCCUCGAUGGGCAGGAUGAAGGUCACGGGCACUGGAGUGAGGGAGUAGAUAAAACAGCUGCAAUAUAAACAGUCCUCUGGAAUAAUGGUUUGUGGUGGGCGUUAUGUCUUCUUUGACCUUAGGGGCUGGGACGCACGUGAGGGUUGAGACAGGGUCGUAGGACAGGAAGAGAGGUUAGCUGGCUAAGAGACACGUUCUGAGGCUAGAGAGGGUGCUUACUGGAAGAGACUGGGUCAGUGGCUCCUCCUCAGUGGAGGGUUUUCCAAGGCUGCAGUGGAUCCACAUCUGGAAACAAAUGGUUAGAGUAGAACCAACUCUGAGAGAUUUCCAGACCCCUGUGGAAGACAAAAUUGAGCACAUUUAAUAAAGAUUAAUUCAUCUGGACU